AUGCGACGCCUUUUCUGCGCCCUCCUUACUCCCUCCCACAACCAAUGCUCCGAGGGCUUCUAUAAGAAGCAGGUCGCGUCGGACAUCCAAGGCCAGCCAUCCGCGAGCGCGGAAGAGCGCCGCCGGAUGAUGGAGGUGCUGAAGCGGUUCGAGGAGGCGGCGAGUGACGGGUUGGGGGAGGAUUUGGAUGAUGAAGAUGAGGAUGGGAGUGAGGCGGGGGACGAACUGGCGGCAAGGUUAGAGGGGGUGGACUUGGACUCGAUCCCUCCCGAUGAGCUUUGGGAAUUGCUAACCCCAGAGCAACGCGCGAAAUUCAUGGAGGCGGUCAACAACCCGGAGAGCGAGCUGGCGCGGUCGUUGCUUGUCAGCGAACAGGUCGCGAUACGACCGCCGUGGUGGGAGGCAGACGCAUCAAGGAACGAGGGCAAGGCGAGACCGAAUAGCGGAGAAGGGCCAGCGAGUAUCGAAGGCGGGAGAUCCAGUCGACCCUCGUCGAUGCGUAUACCAGCGCGGAUGGUGAAGCCGCUGCCAGUCGGGCAAGUAUCGCUGGUGUAUAAUUUUGUGGCCAUAUGCAUUGCGUACGCGUAUACUGUCCGCCAUCUCGCUCUGUCGCGGCUCGGAGACGCUGGUGGCGAGGACGCGGAUGAAGCGCGUCGAAUCGUACGAGCACUAGUGCCCUUCCUCAGCGACAAGCGCUCGCGGACGGUCUUUUCCGGAUUGGAAGAGGCGGUUACGGAUGUUUGGUCGAGGAUGGACGGGAAAACACGAUCCGCACCGUUGUUUGCCGCACUACUGAAAGAUACAGCUGCGCUCCUCCGACCGUCUCUCGUCGUCGCAUCGACAAGUCUUCACGAGGGCGACUUCGCCGUCGAGGAAUCGACCGACUCAUCGACGCUUCCUCAAGCAACGUCGAUCCUCGUCUUAUCGGAUCUGCUGCAGCUCUUCGAAGACGCCGCGAAAUCCACGCCAUCCACACCCAUCGGUCACAAGCUGCUCUUCUACGCCGCCCACCUGGCCUCGACGCCGACCCAGGUGCUGCAGCUCGUGGCCGGUGAGGCGCGGGCGCGUGCGGCGGCGUUCGAGAGGGAAGCGCAGGAGAUCGACGGUAGUGCGAACUUUGGCACGACAAUGAAGCCUGCGAUUUCCACGCAGCGGACGCCUGUUAUAGAGGAGCUAUCGUGA